UGGAAUAACCCAGAUAAUCCCGUCCUCGGCCUGCUGGGAAACAGGUUGUGCUUCAGAGGUAGGCUGUGGACGAGCGUGUAAAGCUGCACAUAAUCUUUUGCUGCAAACUUUCGAGCCAGUGCGUUGAUUUGCUGUUAUUUUGUCAUGGGGGAGAUGAGGUCGCCGUCUCCUGUGCUUCAUCUGGAUCUGAACAACUUCGAGAGCACAGCGGCGGCCAGGAGCCGCUACGUCCUGACGAGCCCCCGCUCGCUGCAGUCCUGCGCCAAACUGGGAGUCAAACCUGUUGAACUUCUCAUUAAAUCACUAAACGAGUUCAUUGCCGAAGGCCAUGACAGGCCCUUUGAAACGGUGGCAGUCAUGCAUGAGUCCUACGAAAAGGAGCGCAGAAGGCUUUUGCAAAUGUGUCGCAGGGAGAGGGAGAGGAUUAUCAAGACUGGAGACAGGGGGUCCGACAGUAAGAGACUGUCCACCUUAGAAACUGUACUCGAAGCAGCCAGUAGGAGCUCUGACUCCAAACUGAAGGAAGAUUUUGAGACGACGUCCUUCCCAGAUGUUCAUCAGUGCCUGAAAGUGAAAUCUCUGAGCAGAUCUUCCUGUUCUGUUGUCAGUAGAGAGCCGAGCAAGAAUAAGUUCUGCAGCCUGAGCCUUCAAGACUUCAGACACUCCCCAGGCGCUGCGAUGCAAUUGCAGCGCCUGACAAAGAAGAAGGAGAUGUAUAUCACAGUAUCAGAGAAAGACCGUAAAAUAGCAGGUCUCAUGCUGGUGAAGCACCAGGAGGAGCAGGCCCAUCUGAAGCUGUGUCAGCAGGAGGAGCAGGAAUGGCUGGAGGCACGCAGGAAGGAGGAGGCCCAGAGGGCUGAGGCAGUUAAGAAGAGGGGGAAGAAGCUGAAGCGAAGCAUGCGGCGGUGGCAUGAGGAGCUGGAAACCCGCAGGAGGCAGAGGGAGCUUCAGGAGAGAGAGCUGGCAGGAAUACGUGAGCAGGAGGUGCUGCAGCAAGAAGACCGCUGGGGGAGGCUGGCAGAGGAGCUUAAGGCACAACGCAGAGAAAAGAUAGAGGCUGCACAGAAGAAGGCGGAGCUGCGCAAACGCCACCAGGAGAGGCUGCUCAGAGACCAGGAGAAGAUGGAGAGAAUGAGGAGAGAGAGGGAGAACCAGCUUGCACUGGAGAGGGAGCAGAGAGCCAGAAAGAGCAAAGUGUCACACGAGAGAAGAGAGAGGAGGAAGCGGCAGCAGGAGAACAGGAGAGAGGGGCUGCGGCACAUCCUGCUGAAGCAACAGGCAGUGCAGCAGGUAGAGGAAGAGGAGGCCCUGGGGAGGAGCACUCUGGAGCUUAAGCUGCACCAGUCCUGGAGGAAACACGUCCAGACUGUGGAGGCCCGGCUGAGGGAGCUGCAGGAGCGGGCAGCCCGAGAGGAGCAGCAGAUCCAUAAAGCCCAGCUGAAGGCCAAACUGCAGAGUCACCAGCAGCUCAGACACAAGCAGCUCCUGGUCAAGCUGAGCCAGCACCGCAUGGAGAGAGCCGUCCAGUACACGUCUGUCCGGCACAGGAGCACAGCUCAGCGAGCACGCCAGCACAACCAGGAGAGGCAGCUCUGCCAUCAGAGGCUGAGAGACAGGGUGCAGAGGGAGGAGGAGGCAAAGAGGAUCCUCAGAGAAGAGUACAUCAGCAUGAAGGAGUACAGGAGGGACAGGCUGCAGAGACAGCGAGAGGAGAUACAGGAGGAGGGGCACAGGGUGGCUCGGGCCUCCUUCCACAUGAGGGACAAAGUGAGACAGUACACACAGCGCCGCACCUUUGACCAGAUGGCUCAGGAGGCUCAGCUUAUUGCCUCCAUGGCUCGCAUUAAACUCUGAAAUAAACAAUGUCCAGAGGGACAUUUCUGCACAUCAGUGCUUUAGUCGGCUAAAGUGUAACAGUGCAGUUCCUCCUGCUGGACUGAGUUGAUCUAAUCAUGUUUCACUGGAAGCUUUGUAUUUCAAAGCAGAACAAAAUUAAACAGGGUAGAGUAGCAAUAGAAGAUAAACAAACAAAAAAAUUAUAGCUAGUCAAUGAUAGUCAAAUUGCUGCUUUUUUAUAAGUAGUGUUUUGCAAAUUCCAAUUUAUUUUUACCUUUUAUAGUUUUUUUUAUUAUAAUAUCCUCAUUUGUAAAAUUCAUUGACUAUGCAUGUAUUUGACAGCUCUCCAGAAUGUGUGGGCAAGUGUGAAUUGCCACCAAAUGGCUUUGGCAGGCAUUCUAUUAAAAAUUAAUUAGCGAUCA